UUUUAUGGUUGGGUCACAACAUGAGGAACUGUAUUUAAAGGGCCAGAAAGUUGAGAACCACUGAUAGAUCUUAGGAUUGGCAAGACUACGUACCUACGUAAAAGAUUAGCUGUGGUGCCGAGGGAGGUGGGAAAUAGCUCCCAGGUUUUGACUGGAGUGGACCAAAGAGCAACAAGGCCGCAGAGAAAGGUGACAGCCCAGUUUGGAAGGGGUUGAGUUUGGGGAGCCUGGGAGCCACUCAAGGAUGCAGUCCAUCCCCGGCAGGAACUGAGACGGGAGGCGGGUUCCGGGCCCCGCCCUCGGGCCUGAGAGAUGCGGGGAGAAGGCACGCACGGAGCAGCAGGACGUGGGUUCCCCUGCCUCUCGGGUUUCUUCCGCAGCAGCGGCAGGAAGGGCGUGGGGGACUGCGAGACAAAGACCCCGCAGGCCCCGCCUCUGUCCAGGCGGCCCCUUUAAGAAGCGCGCCCCCAGCCUCUAGCCCGGCCUCGUAUGCAAAUAUAGCGGCGAGGCGGGAGCGCGCGGCCGAUCCCCGGGACCGGGCUGCGGCGGUUAGUCCUCUCCCGGCCGCCGUCGCCUCCGACAUAUUGCCCGCAGGAGCUGCGGCGGCGAAGCAGAGCGCGCCGGGGGGAGGAGAUGGGAGGACGAAGAGGUCCCAACAGGACAUCCUACUGUCGUAAUCCGCUGUGUGAGCCAGGGUCCUCCGGGGGCUCUGGUGGGGGCCACACUUCCAGUGCAUCAGUCACCAGUGUCCGUUCCCGCACCAGGAGCAGUUCUGGGACGGGCCUUUCCAGCCCCCCACUGGCCACCCAGACAGUCGUUCCCCUCCAACACUGCAAGAUCCCGGAGCUGCCAGUUCAAGCCAGCAUUCUAUUUGAGCUGCAGCUCUUCUUCUGCCAGCUCAUAGCCCUCUUCGUUCACUACAUCAAUAUCUACAAGACAGUGUGGUGGUACCCACCUUCCCACCCGCCUUCCCACACCUCCCUGAAUUUCCACCUGAUCGACUUCAACUUGCUGAUGGUGACCACCAUCGUACUGGGCCGCCGCUUCAUUGGGUCCAUCGUGAAGGAGGCUUCUCAGAGGGGGAAGGUCUCCCUCUUUCGCUCCAUCCUGCUGUUCCUCACCCGUUUCACCGUUCUCACGGCAACAGGCUGGAGUCUGUGCCGCUCCCUCAUCCACCUCUUCAGGACCUACUCCUUCCUGAACCUCCUGUUCCUCUGCUAUCCGUUUGGGAUGUACAUUCCGUUCCUGCAGCUGAACUGUGACAUCCGCAAGACAAAUCUCUUCAGCCACAUGGCUUCCAUGGGUCCCCGGGAGGCUGUCAGUGGCCUGGCACGGAGCCGGGACUACCUGCUGACUCUGCGGGAGACGUGGAAGCAGCACACGCGGCAGCUGUACGGCCCAGACUCCAUGCCCACCCAUGCCUGCUGCCUGUCGCCCAGCCUCAUCCGCAGCGAGGUGGAGUUCCUCAAGAUGGACUUCAACUGGCGCAUGAAGGAAGUGCUGGUCAGCUCCAUGCUGAGCGCCUAUUACGUGGCCUUCGUGCCUGUCUGGUUCGUGAAGAACACUCAUUACUACGACAAGCGCUGGUCCUGCGAGCUCUUCCUCCUGGUGUCCAUCAGCACCUCAGUGAUCCUCAUGCAGCACCUGCUGCCUGCCAGCUACUGCGACCUACUGCACAAGGCCGCUGCCCACCUUGGCUGCUGGCAGAAAGUGGACCCAGCGCUGUGCUCCAACGUGCUGCAGCACCCGUGGACUGAAGAGUGCAUGUGGCCGCAGGGCGUGCUGGUGAAGCACAGCAAGAAUGUCUACAAGGCAGUGGGUCACUACAACGUGGCCAUCCCCUCUGACGUCUCCCACUUCCGGUUCCACUUCUUUUUCAGCAAACCUCUGCGGAUCCUCAACAUCCUCCUGCUGCUGGAGGGUGCUGUCAUUGUCUACCAGCUGUACUCCUUAAUGUCUUCUGAAAAGUGGCACCAGACCAUCUCACUGGCGCUCAUCCUCUUCAGCAACUACUACGCCUUCUUCAAGCUGCUGCGGGACCGCCUGGUACUGGGCAAGGCCUACUCAUACUCGGCUAGCCCCCAGAGGGACCUGGACCACCGGUUCUCCUGAGCCCAGGGCAACCCCAGGGACCGCAUCCAGGCUUCAGCCAGCGGAUCCCUGGGAAGGGGCUGUUGGGGGGGGGGGGGGGGGCGGCAAAAAAAAAACCCAAAAACUGACAAAAAAAAUCCACCAGAGCUUUGUAUUUUUGUUACAUACUGUUUUUUUCUUUGAUAAUUGAUAUGAUUAUGAGGAAAAAAAAGUCCUAUUUUUAUACUCCUAAUAAGCUUGUGUCCUGAGUUUCUUUCCCUUCUUGCCUGUCAGGCAGAGUGCAGUGGUGUGUGAUUCUGGGCCAGGAAACCCCACGUGUGUCUUCUGGGGCCUGUGGGCUCUGCCUUCUCCAGUGGAGGGGAGACGAGGCACGAGAGGUCACAGUAACAAUGAAACUGCUGCUAGCUGAGCGCUCACUGUGUACCAGGUGCUGCUUUAUGUGUAUUACAGGCCUUGUCUUAAUCCCGCCUUUAUGACAGCCUUAGGAGGUGGGUGCUGUCACUCUAGUCUGUAGAUGAAGAGUGAGCUCAGAGCUAUAGUGACUUGCCCAAGGUAACACAGCUAGGAUAGAGCUGGGCCAAAAAACCCCUCCGAAAUAUGACACUACUACCCUAGCAGGAUGUGAGGUCCUGAUUCAGCGUGCAGUCAUGGUGACCCUAUUCUAUGCCAGGUGGUGUGGGAGACAGCAUGCCAAGACACAGAAACAAGUCAUACUACACUGGGAUGGUUAUAACAGUUACAAGGUACACAGUAGCACAGAGGGAAGAAUGUGUCAUGUUCUCUGGACUUCUUGAAGGAGUGGAUAGCCUGAGUUGCAUCAGCUACUUCCUAGGUGGACAAGAAGGCAACGGCACUUCAAGCAGAGAAAAGGGCAUGUGCAAUAGCACAGAUUUGGAACAUCUGGUGUAUUUGGGGAGGGUAAGCAGGAUGUGGUUCCUAGUUCCUAAAGCAGGAAAUAUAAGGAAAGUGGGGCGGGAGUGGGAUGGAGCUAAAAAGGUAUGGAGGGCCUGGAUCAGGGAGGAUCAAUGGCUCUAGACUAGAGAGAUUCUGAGCAAGGGCAGCUGCUUGGAGGGCCACCUGGUUCCUGUGGGGCAUAACGGGCUGGGAGGAGAGACGGUCCUAGCUGCACAUCUAGUCUGCCUGUGUUCCCUGAGUCCUUUGGCCACAGGAUAAACAGAUGAGUCCACAGAGGUAUAUGGCAGGGAGACACUGCUACAAAUGUUUUUGGUGCCUUUGUUGAUGCAGGCAUUGUGCUCGGCACUGAGACAGCUACAAAGAUGAGGAAGAACAACAUAAGAAUGCUCAAACCUGUAGAGAAUUUUUUUUUUAAGUUAUAUAGCAUUUGCUUUAUUUCAUUUAUGUAAAGGUCGAGAGUUGUGGAGGUUUUUUAAAUAUAUUUUUAUUGAUUUCAGAGAGGAAGGGUGAGGGAGAGAGAAACAUCAAUGAUGAGAGAAUCACUGAUUGGCUGCCUCCUGCAUGCCCCCUACUGGGGAUCCAGUCUGCAACCUGGGCAUGUGGCCUUGAUAGAAUUGAACCCAGGACCCUUCAGUCCAUAGGCUGAUGCUCUAUCCUCUGAGCCAAACCAGCUAGGGCUGGAGAGUUUUUAUAAGAGUUUAUUUGAGGCCUCGCGGCCCUCUUCCGGCUCCUGCGCCGCCUGCAGUUUCCAGGGUUUGCUGGGCUACUUUGUCCUGUGGAGUUGGGUGGGCACAGCCACAGUAACUUGUAGCAGGUUGGGGUUCCAGCUCCACCCCAACUAUAGGGGUGAGAGCCGAUUCCAGACGGACCUUGGGCAUGUGAAGUUCGUCUUCAACAUCUGUGGGGGUGCCUUGGCCUGAGUUCUAAGCGCAGGCCUGUACCGUCCAGGAGGCUUCAGAGCCACUGCACCCAGUGAACAGCUUCAGGUCACAUUGAAAAACCACCCAAGCACCACCACAGUGACACACUCAAGAGGCAGACUCGGGGCAGCAGAGCCCUGCUGAAGUGUGUGCUGCUCAGUGGGGCGGGCCCCUGCACACCUGAUCCUUCACAGUGGUUGGUGGUGGUAGCCAGUUUUUGCAGCAGAUUGGCCUGGGGGUACGUCCCUCCCAUUGAUGUGCCAACAGCAAUCAAGAUUCAACUAAAACAGGAGGGUAUACAUAGCCCACGGGUGGGGAGGGGUGCAACUAGAGAGCCCAGCUUGGGUGGUCAGGGAGGCUGGGCCAUUGGAUCCUACAGGACAUCUACUACAAUAGGCUACUCUACCAAGCCUGGGAGACAUAGCAGCUCUACCUAAUACAUAGAAACAAACACAGAGGCUGCCAAAAUGAGGAGACAAACACGUCGUCCCAAAUAAAAGAACAGAACAAAACUCCAGAAAGAGAACCAAACAAAACGGAGACAAGCAAUGGACCAGAUGCAGAGUUCAAAACACUGGUUAUAAGGAUGCUCAAGGAACUUAAUGAGAACCUCAACAGCAUAAAAAAGAAACAGGCCUGGCCCGUCCACCAUGGGUCAGUGGUUGAGCAUUGACCUAUGAACCAGGAGGUCACGGUUCGAUCCUGGUCAGGGCAUGUACCCUGGUUGUGGGUUUGAUCCCCAGUGUGGGGCGUGCAGGAGAUGGCCGGUCCAUGUCUCUCUCACAUAGAUGUUUCUCCCUUCCUCUUUCUCUAAAAUGAAUAAAAAACUUCUUUGUUUUUUUAAAGAAACAGUAAGAGCUCUAGCUGGUUUGGCUCAGUGGAUAGAGCGUAGGCCUGCAGACUGAAGGGCUCCAGUCAAGGGCAUAUGCCUGGGUUGUGGGCUCGAUCCUCAGUAGGGGGCAUGCAGGAGGCAGCUGAUCAAUGAUUCUCUCUCAUUAUUGAUGUUUCUAUCUCUCUCCCUCUCCCUCUCUGAAAUCAAUAAAAAUAAAAAUAUUAAAAAAAAAAGAAACAGUCAGAAAUGAAGGAUACACUAAUGAAAUAAAGAAUAAUAUACAGAGAAUCAACAAUUGAGUCCAUGAAGCCAAGAAGCAAAUCAUUGACUUGGAAUGUAAGGAAAUAAAAAACACCCAUUC